AUGGAGUCCUCACGUGGCCCUCCACGGGUGAAGAACAAGGGCGCUGCGCCUAUCCAGAUCAGUGCCGAGCAACUGCUCCGUGAAGCUGUUGACAGACAGGAAGAGGCACUCCAGAGGCCAGAGCAGCGCUUCGCGGAUCUCGAGGAGCUGAAGGAGUUUCAGGGCCGCAAACGACGCGAGUUUGAGGAUUAUAUCCGGCGCAACAGCUCAUCUCUCAAAAACUGGACCCAGUAUACAGACUUCGAGAUCCAAUACAAGGAGUUUGCUCGGGCGCGGUCCGUCUUCGAGCGUGCCUUGGAUGCCCUCCCCACCAACCCGGCACUAUGGAUGCGAUACAUCGACUUUGAGAUCAAGGAGCGCAAUAUCCAGCAUGCGCGCAAUUUACUGGACCGCGCGGUUACUCUUUUACCGCGCGUGGAUAAGAUGUGGUACAAGUAUGUCUAUGUCCAGGAGGGACUGGGAGACAUUGCUGGGUGCCGCCAGGUUUUUGAGAGAUGGAUGACCUGGCAGCCGGACGAGAGGGCCUGGAGUGCCUACAUCCACUUUGAGCGGCGGUACCAAGAGUUUGACAAUGCACGGAACAUCUUCCAGAGAUUUGUCAUUGUCCACCCCGAGCCGCGCAACUACAUUAAGUGGGCCAAGUUCGAGGAGGAGUUCGGCACGAGUGACAUGGUGAGGGAUAUCUUUGGGGUGGCCAUCGAGUCGCUUGGCGAUGAGUAUGCAGAUGAGCGGGUGUUCAUCGCCUUUGCGCGUUUUGAGUCCAAACUGAAGCAGUAUGAGCGCGCAAGAGCCAUCUUCAAGUUCGCUCUGGACAACCUGCCUCGCUCGAAAUCCAUGAAGCUUCAUGCCGAAUACACCGUCUUCGAGAAGCAGUUUGGAGACCAGGAAGGCGUCGAGGAUGUUGUGCUUUCCAAGAGGCGGAGGCAUUAUGAGGAACAGAUCAAAGAGAACCCCAAGAACUACGACAUUUGGAUCGACUACGCCAACCUCGAGCAGACUUCUGGCAACGUGGACAGGGUGAGGGAAGUGUACGAGAAGGCAGUUGCGCAGGUCCCACCAGCCCAAGAGAAGCGGCUCUGGAGGCGGUACAUCUACCUCUGGAUCUUCUACGCAGUGUACGAGGAGAUGGAAGCCAGGGACGUGGAGCGGGCACGACAGGUCUACGACGAGUGCCUCCACCUGAUACCGCACAAGAAGUUCACCUUCUCUAAAAUCUGGCUCUUGAAAGCACAAUUUGAGAUUCGUCAGGGCAACCUCACCAUCGCACGCAAGACACUCGGCCGCGCCAUCGGCAUGUGCCCCAAAGACUCGCUCUUCAAAGGCUACGUGGCACUCGAGCAGAAGCUGUACGAAUUCCAGCGGUGCCGGAUGCUGUACGAGAAGCAUGUCGAGUACAACCCAUCCAACUGCCAGAUAUGGAUCGACUGGGCACAGCUGGAGCGUGGUCUUGGUGACGAGGCGCGGGCGCGGGCGAUCUUCGAGCUAGGGAUCGACCAGCCCGUCCUCGACAUGCCCGAGAUGGUAUGGAAAAAGUACAUCGAUUUCGAAGAGGAGGAAACCGAGUACGAGCGGGCACGCGCGCUAUACGAACGACUUCUGGAGAGGGCGGACCACCCCAAGGUCUGGAUCAGCUACGCCCAGUUCGAGAUCAACGUGCCAGACGAGAAUGAGGAGGAGCCGGAGGGUGAGGAUGAGGAGCAGCCGGUGUCAGAGGAAGCCAAGGCGCGGGCGCGCCAGGUGUUCGACCGGGCGCUCAAAAGCAUGAAGGAGAGGAAGGCGGAGCGCGUGACGCUGCUAAACGCCUGGCUGGCAUUCGAGAGGGAGCACGGCACGGCCGAGGCUGUGGAGAAAGUCGAGAAACAGAUGCCGCGCAAGGUGCGCAAGAGGAGAAAGAACGACGAGGGCGAAUGGGAGGAGUACGUCGAUUACAUCUUUCCGGUCGACGACCAGCAGACUGCAGAUAUAUCCAACUUCCUGGCCAUGGCCCAGGCCUGGAAGCAGAAGUAGAUUGGCGAUGCUUUUAUACGAGAAUUACCAUUCAUGGCAGACUU